AUGUACGACAUCAAUCGACUUGUGGACAAGGGACGAACCUGUGUGUGGAUCUCCUGGAUACAAGCUAUCCUUCUAGUCAUGAGUAGACAUUAUGUCGCCCAGGCUGGUUUCAUCCCAGGCCAGGGACCUGGUGCAUUCGUGCCGGGAUCAGUUCCGGCGUACGACGGCUUUCUUGUUCGGCCUUUGCCGGGGAUUGCUUCAGCUCAGAUCAAGGGGCUCAGCAGCCUCGGGUACGAUGCCAAUACCAUCGCACCGGUCGGCAAAAGCGGCUGGUUGCUUGCUAACACAGUUAUGGCGUCUGCAACGUCGUCUAAUAGUAGUGCAGCUGCACACACAACAUCCGCAUCCACGAUGGCUGUGUUGCAGAAGAUGAUGGAUGAUUUCAGAGGCAGAGGUUUCCAAGCGGAGCCCAACUACAUGGUGCGAACCCUUGCAACCCCCAACGAUCCGCUCUAUUCACGCAUUAGCACAGCAAUGCGGCAGAUUUCGGCUGAGGCGGCUUGGGAUGUGUUCCGUGGAUCGAAUCAGUGA